UUGCAUUGUGUUGGUACACUGGGUGAGCAAACAGGAUAGAGGCCUGGGAGGAGACUAACCACUACUCCUUUGGUGCAGAGAAAGCAGCUCGAUAUCUCUUCUCAGCAGAAGCCGACCCAAAGUCUCCGGCUUUGCAGAUAUAAGCCCAUCUCAAGUUUUAAGUUUGGUAGCGGAGGACUUUCUACAUGUCCCAUCACUGUCAUUGGCGCAUUUCGUGAAGCCGUGGACGAGAAAACCUCCGUCUCUGCUUUGGAGCUGUGGAACUCCCUGCCACUUCGCUCCCUUCCUGCUCUCCUUCUGCCAACAGGGAGCGGUCAAAGGCCUGGUGUGAGGGUUUCACACUUUAAGACACACCUUGAUCGACUGGUUGGCUCAGGAUAGGAUCAUGAUUCUGCAAAGCAGGACGAAAUGCAGUGAGCAGUUGCAAGGAGAGGAACAGAGCUGACGCAGACGGAGGGCAGAAGAAACGUUUGCAAAGAGACCCAGGAGGUUGCCAGCAUGUCCGAUCUCAGCCAAGAGAUGGGUCCCUUUUCACCGUCAGCAUUGGCUGUUUUGCCCAAGCGACGUGCCUUCGCUCUGGUGAGAUUCCUCCCUGUUUCAGUGCUAGAUCUUUUGCCCAGUUCUGCAAACAAUUCUCCAGAUUCUUUAUUCUGGUGAAAUCUGAUCUUGGAAGGAACAGUGCUGGUGGUGGGCACCUCCUUCCAGGGUGGGGUAGACGCUGAUGCGGUUGGACUGGGCAUUUGGAACUAAAAAAUUCCCUCGCCGAGAGCCUUUUGCAUUGGACAUCUUCCUUGGAUGUGUCCGUUUUAUACUCUUGCUCUGGAUUUGUCCCUGAUCCUCGAGGCAGUGAACAGAGGGCAAGAGCGUUGAGACUUUGGUGCCAUAAUGUUCUGGUGCUUUUGCCUUUUGUCGGAGGACGAGAAAAAAGCGGUUGCGAUUGACAGAGAAAUCAACCGCCUUCUCCAGGAGCAAAAGAAGAAGAAUCGAUGGGAACUGAAACUCCUUUUGCUCGGCACCGGGGAGAGCGGGAAAAGCACCUUCAUCAAACAGAUGAGGAUUAUCCAUGGGGUUGGCUACACCGAAGAGGACCGGAAGGCGUUUGUCAAGGUCGUGUAUCAGAACAUCUUCAUGUCCAUCCAUGCCAUGAUCAAGGCUAUGGAGACCCUUCAGAUUCCUUAUGACCGGCCGGAGAACGCACAAAAUGCUCAGUUGCUCAAGGAAGUGGAUGUCUACAAGACAACUGUGUUGGAAGCACACCAUGCGAGGAUGAUUGAAAGUCUGUGGAAGGAUGCUGGGAUUCGAACCUGCUACCUGAGGCGGCGAGAAUAUCACCUACUAGACUCUACUCCCUAUUUCCUGUCCAAUCUGGAGCGCAUCGCCGCAGACGGAUACGUACCAAGCGCUCAGGACAUCUUGAGGACCCGCGUGCCGACGACGGGAAUCAAUGAGUACUGUUUCUCGAUCCAAAAGGUAACACUAAGGAUUGUGACGUUGGCGGUCAGAAGUCAGAGCGGCGGAAGUGGAUCCACGUUUCGAAAACGUGAUCGCUUUGAUCUACUUGGCUUCGCUCAGCGAAUACGACCAAUUCCUGAGGAGAACAGCAGCGAAAACCGGAUGCGGGAGAGCCUGGAUCUCUUCCGAACCAUCCUGGACCUGCCUUGGUUCUUGAAUGCCUCCAUCAUCCUCUUCCUUAACAAAGUGGACAUCUUGGAGGAGAAGAUCAUGAGCUCUGACUUGGCUGCCUACUUCCCCAGUUUUCCAGGUCCCAAGCAAGACGCUGAAGCGGCGAAGUGGUUCAUCCUCGAAAUGUACACAGAGGUCUUUAGACAGUCCUCGGUUUCUGAUGGCAUCUGCAGGGCAGGACCUCUGAAAGAGAGCUCCAGACCCAGGAUCCUCUACCCUCACUACACAUGUGCCACGGACACGCAGAACAUCGGCACGGUUUUUGAGGACAUUAAAGAUGCCGUCCUGGCUGGCUACUUGGACGAGUUCAACCUGGUUUAGAACGAAUCGGCGACCACUAAGAUGGCAUUGCUGUGGUGGAAGACGGCUGGCCAUUCUGUCUUUCACUCGGAAGCCAUCGAUCUCAGCUAGGUCUACUAUUUAACUCUGGGUGAAAUGUUUCCGGAGCUGAGUUUUGGCCUAAGAGGGCAUCCUUUUGGGAAACCUGGAACUGUGGUUGGCUCCAUAUUUUGGGGGGACUCCUGCACUGAAAUAAAAAUACAUUGGGGUGAAAUUUGGGUUGCCGUAAGUCAGAAAGGACUCGAAGGCACACAACAGCAACAUACUGUUUAGCUUCCCCAAUGCAGAAUCGAUGAAUAGGAUUUCAAAAUGCUGAGGUCCUUUGCCAAAAAUCCCAUGUCAUGACGCUACCCCAGAACUGAACUGGUGAAUGAACCCUUUGAUAUGCUGGGUGAUACGUAGUUCUUGAGGUGGAAGCAUCAAGAUGGUUUGAUUUGCAGGGGCAAUAUUAUUAUCUUGGUUAAGAUAGCCUCUAUAUUUAGCUGCAGCUGUCCUAUAACAGCUCAAGAAAAGGUGUGGGAGAUGGUGUUUCUUGACAACAUUAAGUUGCUGGGAGAAAUUCUUGUUGCAAUGCAGUCUUUUGUGGUUUGUUCAGGGGUGAGCAACCAAGAGCUCUUAGCUUUGCAAAAGACCCACUUUGAGUGGAGAUGGGAAUUGCCCAAACUCAUUUGUUGGUAUGGGUCAACAAACAGCCUUCUCUGUUUUUUGUACGUCUCUUGUAAAUAUUGUAACAAGUUGUCUGCACUUCACAAUUCACCACUACAUCACUGCACUUGUUCAGCAUUGUGAGUUUUUUCUAAUGUCUCAGCUUCAGCCCAGAUGGCUCAUAAUCUUUUUAUGGACUCCCUGUCCCUGAAUCUUGGGCUGCAUCUGCAUUGCAAAAAUAAUCCAGGUUGACACCACUUUAACUGCCAUGGCUCAGUGCUAUAAAAGUCUGGGAACUGUAGUUUUGUUAGACAGUUCGCCUUCUCUGUCAGAAAGCUCUGGUGACACAACAGGCUACAAAUCCCCAAAUUCCAUAGCAUUGAGCCAUGGCAGCUAAAGUGGGGUCAAACUGGAUUAUUUCUGCAUUGCGGAUGCAGCCUCGGCUUUGUUUCAUCAGAACAUUCCAGUGCACUCAGUUCCUCGCUUCCUUGCCCAUGUUUAUCUGAUGCAAAUGAAUGUUCUGUAGGCAGUGCUUUCAGAAAAUAAAAUGUUCACAAUUCAAGAGAAGGACUGAGUUUGCCAAUGUAUGCUGUGGGGUUGACAUGAUGGACAAUGCAUGGAAAAGAACCACCAUAUUGGGCUUUCUUGCUCUCUCUUUUGAUGCAGCUAUGUGGAUUUAGGGCCCGGGUUUAAAGAGAGGAUUUCCAAUGGAGAGCGUUUUACUCCAUGGCAAUCUCUUGAGUUGUUUCUCUGUGCAACUUACAAGGAUAUAAACCCCACUGAAGUAG